AUGACGAUUAGGCAUUUGUCAAGUUCGAGGUCGAAACCCCUGCCUGCUUCGUCUGCUUCCUCAACCUCGGACGAGUCGGAUGACGACUCACAUUCACAUUCCUCUGUCCACUCGCAUUCACAUUCUCACUCAAACUCGCACUCUCAUUCGCAUUCGCAUUCUGUGUUCGGGAGCCAUUCGCACUCUCGCGAUGAUGAACCACAUCAAGACGUCGAGGGCAUUAUGCAAGCUUUACAAGGCAAAGGCGAUCGCGGAAGUCGUAUCACACUUCUUGGUCUGGUUGUAAACGUCGGGCUUACGGGUGCCAAGGGUGCUGCAGGAUGGUACAUGAACUCUGCUGCAUUACUCGCCGAGGCCGGGCAUUCUGCAAGCGAUCUGCUGGGAGACUUAGUCACUCUCUUCGCUUGGCGUUUCUCCCGACGCACACCGACGCUCAAAUACCCCUACGGCUUCGGCAAAUUCGAGACACUCGGAACAACAACAGUCGCGCUCAUCCUCAUCGGCGGUGCACUCGGUAUCGGGGUACACUCAUUCACACUCCUCACGCACCACCUCGUCGAAACAGCUGCAUCACUCCCACCCGGCCCUGCUCAAGUCCUAGUGCAGAACGUCACAGAGGUCGCGCAGACAGUCGCCACCGCCGUGCCUUCCGCUCACUCCCACGCACACAUCCAUGGUGCAGAACUCGCGUUAGACCCAAACGCGGCGUGGUUUGCCUUGGCGAGUGUCAUUAUUAAAGAAUGGCUCUACCGAAUUACGAAACGCGUCGCUACAGCUGAGAACUCGGGUGUCCUCCUCGCCAACGCGAUACAUCACCGAGCAGACGCAUAUACGAGUGCAGUAGCACUCGUAGCUAUCCUCGGAACUUGGGCCUUCCCUGCACUCCCUCUCGACCCACUCGGAGGUCUACUCGUUGCGAUGGUAAUCCUUAAACAAGGCGCAGGGUUAUUCAUGGGUGCGUUCGGAGAACUUACAGACGCAAGUGUCUCUUCGCGUACACGAAGAUCACUUGAGAAUGCUCUUGUCCCAUUACUAGAAGAAGGUGGGGUAUUGAAAGGUAUAGACGAGCUCCGCGCAAUGCGCGCAGGUGCUCUCCUCUUUGUCGACGUAAAAGUGCGCGUGUCCUCGAGUUUACCCGUGUCUGACGCUUCGGCGCUCGAGACUCGUAUUCGCGAGGCAUUGAUUGCGGUUAGGAAGGAGAUUGCUGAGGUGAGGGUAAAGUUCGUACCUGAGUCGUCUGAGCAGGAGAAGGAACGAAUAGAGUUAGAACGAGACGACUCAACAACAAAUUUUGGGUCUGAGAAAGAUGGGCGAUUAUGA